UGAGACUCACCGAGUACAAUAGAUGGUACUGACGUUCUUUUUUGGGAAACUACGUUGGUCUGCAGUACAACGUAGGAACUGAUUUUGCAGGCGAGCAAGCUAUGGGUUAGGACUUCCUUCUCUUUUAGUGCUAUUGAAAUGGCUCAUACUCGCAACUCUAACACCAACACUCAGGAUGCUGCUCAAGAAACUAUUGCUACCAUUGUGGCUCAAGGCAGAACUAAAAAGGCUCCAACUCAGAAAAGGAAAAGUAAAUCCAUAAAGGGUGUUCAAGUACCCCGGGUUGAACAUGAAGAAGGGGUAGAGCAUGAUGAUCCAGUACCUCAGGAUCCAAUGCCGCCCCCAACAGCAGCUCCCGCUCAGGCAACUAUAUCUUCCGAGAUGGGUCAGAUGUUUAAUACUGUCAAUAGUGCUAUGGAGAUGUUUAAAUCCUUUAUGGCCAACCAGAACAAGAGAACAGAUGAGAUUCCAUCUCAAUCAAAUAGACAGAACAAUUCUGAGUCCUCAAGAGUGAAUGCAUUUUUAAAGUUGAGUCCUCUAGUGUUCCAUGGUUCUAUAGUUGAUGAAGAUCUAAUAUUGUGGCUGGAGGGUGUCAAGAAAGCCCUCUGAGUGAUGAAAGCAUUUGAUGAUGAAGCUGUGGAGCUGGUUGCUCACCAGCUUAGAGAUGUGGCUGGCACUUGGUUUUAGAUGUGGCAAAAGGAAAGAGAUGAAGAUGAUGGUCCGCCUACAUGGGAAGAAUUUGAAGAGGCCUUCAUGGCUAACUUUAUCCCAGAAGAGGAUAGGAAAGCUAAGGCUAUAGAGUUCGAACAGCUAAAGCAAGGGAAUAAAAAUGUGCAAGAGUACUACAUUGAAUUCAUAAGGUUAGCUAAGCAUGCUGCUCACAUGGUUAAGAUAGAAAAAGCAAAGAUUCGUAGGUUUGUUGGCGGUUUAGCUUACCGCAUUAAGGAUACGACAUCAGCUACAUCAGUAGGGAUGACAGCCUUCUCCUCUGUUGUGGGAUUUUCCAAGCACUUAGAAAAAGACAGACAUCAAAAGAGAGAAGAAAAAAAGCAUAACAAGAAAGCCCGGAUAGCGGGCAGGUUUAAUGGUACAUCCAGCGGAGGUGGAAGGGAUUCCUCUAAUAAGGAGUCAUUAGCACCAGCUCAGUCUAGUCAUCAGUCAGGUAGUGGGUCUUCCUUCAGACAUACUCAGAGUUAUGGAAAUCAAUCUCUCUAGAAUCAGAAUUUUAGGACAUCAUCCUCGCAUAGCCAAAGUCAGAAUGAGCAACAUUCACACCAACAAGGUCUUUGUGGAACAUGUAAGCGACAACAUUCAGGUCAGUAUAAGCUCGGGUUUCAUGGUUGCUAUCACUAUGGAGACAUUGGUCAUAUAAAAGCCAACUGCCCAAAGUUGCGAGGUAAUUUAAGUGGUGGAUCAACUCGUCCUUCUAGUUCCUCAGCUACUGCAGUUGCACCACCUCAGGCUCGUGGUUCUCAUAAUCAGACCGGGCAUGGGGCAGGUAAAGGUGUAGAUUGAGUUACUCAGGGAGAGGACAACCCCGUUUGUUUGCUACACUUAAUCGUCAGAGUGCAGAGGCAUCUACAAAAGUUAUUACAGGUAUACUUCUAGUCUGCUCACGUGAUGUUUAUGCAUAAUGGAUCCAGGUUAAACGUUUUCAUAUGUGACUCCAUACUUUGCAAUUAACCUCGGACUAGAACCUGAACAACUUAGUGAGCCAUUCCUAGUAUCUACUCCAGUUGGCGAGUCAGUGAAAGUCACAAGAGUCUAUAGAGGUUGUAUAGUUUCAGUCCAAGGUCGCAACACCAAAGCCGAUCUUAUAGAGUUAGAAAUGGUGGAUUUCGAUGUGAUCAUGGGUAUGGAUUGCUUAUCUUCUUUCCAUGCCAUGUUAGAUUGUCAUGCCAAGAUAGCCAGGUUCCAAUUUCCAAAUGAAGAAGUCUUAGAGUGGAAGGGUUUAGUUCAGCAUCGCUUGUAGGUAAGUUUAUUUCUUACCUUAAGGCACAAGGAAUGAUCAGUAAGGGGUAUCUCGCUUAUUUGGCUCACAUCAUUAAUCUAGAAUCAGGACCACUAGCUCUUCAAUCUGUGCCAGUUGUUAGAGAAUUUCUAGAAGUUUUCCCAGAUGACCUUCCCGGACUUCCUCCUAAAAGAAUCAUACAUUUUGGCAUUGAUCUCAUGUCAGGCACUCAGCCCAUAUCUAUACUCCUUAUAGGAUGGCUCCAGCAGAACUUGAUGAUUUGAGAGAACAGUUGAAAGACCUCAUUGACAAGGGCUUCUUCAGGCCGAGUGUUUCACCUUGGGGUGCCCCGGUCCUGUUUGUCAAGAAGAAAGAUGGGUCUCUCAGAAUGUGCGUCGACUAUCAACAGUUGAAUAAAGUUACCAUUAAGAACAAGUACCCGCUGCCAAGAAUUGAUGAUUUAUUUGAUCAAAUUCAGAGUGCAAAGUACUUUUCAAAAAUAAACUUGAGGUCAGGGUACAAUCAGUUGAGAAUUAGGGAAGAAGAUAUAUCUAAAACAGCCCUUCGAACUCGCUACGGGUACUAUGAAUUUCUAGUGAUGUCUUUCGGGUUGACAAAUGCUCUAGCUGCAUUCAUGGACCUCAUGAACAGAGUUUUCAAGCCAUUCCUGGAUACCUUUAUUGUUGUGUUUAUAGACGAUAUUUUGGUGUACUCUAAGAGCAAGGAAGAUCAUGCAGAACACCUCAGAUUAGCCUUGCAGACCUUGAAGGAGAAUGAGAUUUAUAUCAUGUUUUCAAAAUGUGAA